CCCGUUUAUUCUCUCCCGCUGCACGUUUCACCAAAACAGCCAACCUCCACACCAGACUGACGUGAGGACCAGAGUGCCGCACGGAGAGGAGUCUGCGCUCCUGGAGGAGAAGACCCCAAAGUUUUCUUUAGAGGACUCCUGCUGUCUCUGCUGGAGCAGUAACCCAUGAGACAAAGAGUAAAUUAACUACUGUAGCUCCACACUGAGUGACUGACUGACUGUCCUCCAUCCUGCAGACGCUCAGGAGGAAGAUCAUGGACUGAAACUCUGGGAUCUGCUUCCUUUUGUUGUGCUUGGAAUCUCACUAACAACACAUGAGGUGGAUUGACCGGACGCGCGCUUUCCAUACAGUAAAUCCUCGGGGAUUAAAAUAACGAGGGCGAUGGAUAAUUUCUUCACGGAGGGUGACCGGGUGUGGUUACGGGAGGAUGAGCAGUACCUUCCCAGCACCGUGUCCUCGUGCUCUGGAGGGGUUGUUGUCUUUGCCACAGACUACGGCCAGGUCUACACCUACAAGCAGAAUGCGCUCACCAGACAGAAGGUGCAGCCCAUGCACCACAGCAGCAUCAAAGGGGUGGAGGACAUGGCGACCCUCGAAGACCUUCACGAUGGCGCCAUCAUGCACAACCUCUUCCUGCGCUACCAGCAGAGACACAUCUAUACGUACAUUGGCUCCAUCCUGGCGGCGGUGAACCCUUACCAGUCACUCCCUGACCUGUACGACCGGCCGGCUGUGGAGCUGUACAGCCGACACCACCUCGGUGAAAUCUCCCCGCACAUCUUCGCUGUCGCCAAUGAGUGCUACCGCUCACUGUGGAAGAGACUGCAGAACCAGUGUGUCCUGAUCAGUGGAGAGAGCGGCGCCGGGAAAACAGAAAGCACCAAGCUGAUCCUGAAGUUCCUGUCGGCCAUGAGCCAGCACUCCCUGGAGGUAUCGUCCAGAGACCGGACGUCACAUGUGGAGGAGGCGCUGCUGGAGAGCAGUCCCAUCAUGGAGGCAUUUGGAAACGCCAAGACCGUCUACAACAACAACUCCAGCCGCUUUGGGAAGUUUGUCCAGCUGCAUUUCAGCCAGAAGGGCAACAUCCAGGGAGGCCGAAUCAUUGACUACCUCUUAGAAAAGAACCGAGUGGUCCGGCAGAACCCAGGGGAGAGAAACUACCACAUUUUCUACGCCCUGUUAGCAGGAACCAACAGCCAGCAGAGAGAGGCAUUCGGGUUGACCCAGCCUGAGAGCUACCACUACCUGAGACAGUCCCACUGCCUCACCGACAAGACAAUCAACGACAGUGGCACUUUCCAGGAUGUUCUGUAUGCCAUGCGAACGAUGCAGUUCACGGAGGAGAACAUCGGGGAGAUCCUGCGCCUCCUGGCCGGGGUCCUUCACACAGGGAACAUCGAGUUCAUGACGGCCGGAGGAGCACAGGUCUCCUCCAAAUCAGCUCUCACCCGGACGUCUGACCUGCUGGGGCUGAACCCAGAUCAGCUGGCUGAGGUCCUGACUCACCGGUCCAUGAUCCUCAGGGGCGAGGAGAUCUGCACACCACUCACUGUGGAACAGGCGGUGGACUCCAGAGACUCCAUGGCCAUGGCACUUUAUUCUCAGUGUUUCAACUGGAUCAUUCGCAAACUCAACAACCGCAUCAGGGGCAGAGAAGACUUCAAAUCCAUCAGCAUCCUGGACAUCUUUGGGUUUGAGAACUUCGAGGUCAACCGCUUUGAGCAGUUCAACAUCAACUAUGCAAAUGAGAAGCUUCAGGAAUAUUUUAACAAGCACAUUUUCUCCCUGGAGCAACUUGAGUACAACAAGGAAGGCUUGAUUUGGGUCGAUAUCAACUGGAUGGACAACGGAGAGUGUCUGGAUCUGAUUGAGAAGAAACUGGGUCUCCUGGCUCUGUUGAACGAGGAGAGUCACUUCCCCAAAGCCACAGAUGACACCUUGCUGGAGAAACUCCACAGCCAGCACUCGAAAAACUCUUUCUAUGUGAAACCACGUGUUGCUGUGCACUACUUCGGAGUCAAGCACUAUGCAGGAGAGGUGGUGUAAGAUGUGAGGGGGAUGUUGGAGAAGAACAGAGACACUUUCAGAGAUGACAUCCUCAACCUGCUGAGGGAGAGCAGGUUGGAUUUUGUCUACGACCUGUUUGAACACGUAUUGAGCCGAAACAAACAGGACACUCUGAAGAGCACCUCCAAACACCGACGGCCCACCGUCAGCUCCCAGUUUAAGGAUUCUUUGCACUCCUUGAUGGCCACACUCAGCACUUCUAACCCGUACUUCAUCCGAUGCAUCAAACCAAAUAGAAACAAGAUGCCUGACCAGUUUGACCAAACGUUGGUUCUGAACCAGCUCAGAUAUUCCGGCAUGUUGGAGACCGUUAAGAUCCGACGCACCGGCUUCCCCAUCCGGAGACCUUUCCAGGACUUCUGCUCCAGGUACAAGGUGUUGAUGCGUGGCGCCAUGAUGCCGGAUGAUCCCAGGGGGAGCUGCAUCCAGCUGCUGCACCUCUAUGACAGCAGCAGCGCAGAGUGGCAGCUGGGAAAGACCAAGGUCUUUCUUCGGGAGUCUCUGGAGCAUCGCCUGGAGAAGCAGAGGGAGAUGGAGGUGCUGAGAGCAGCCAUGAUCAUCCAGGCUCACGUCAUGGGCUACAUGGCCAGGAAGCAGUACAGGAAGCUGCUGCAGUGCAUUGUGGUCAUUCAGAAGAACUACAGGGCCUUCUACUGGAGGAGGAAGUUCCUGGUCCUCCGCUGGGCAGCGCUCACCUUCCAGAAACGUGUGCGAGGCCAGCUGGCCCGCCGGGCCUACAGCCAGCUGCUGGAGGAGAGGAGGAGGAGGGAGGAGGAAGAGCGCUGCAGGAGGCUGGAGGAGGAGAUGGAGAGGGAGCGACAGAGGCUGGAGGCUGAGAGACUCGCCAGAGAGGCUGAAGAGGCCAGACUAAUUGAAGAGCUUCAUCGGGAGGAGCUGGCUUCUCUGGCUCUGCCUGCAGUAGCAGCUGCAACAUCACCAGACACCUUGGAGGAGCUGGAGUCAGCAGAGACAGUUGAGGAGGCAUCUGAAGAGGAGGAGGCGAUCCGUCCUCACGAGGCGUCACAGGUAGAGGAGAUCCUGCGACUGGAGCGGGAGAUCCAGUCGCUGCAGAGGCAGAAGGAGCGUCAGGAGCUCUCCCUGACUGAGGCCUCCCUCAACCGCCUGCAGCUUCUCCGUGACCAGGAGCUCAGGCGACUGGAGGACGAAGCGUGCAAGGCGGCACAGCAGUUCCUUGACUCGCUGAACUUUGACGAGAUCGAUGAGUGCGUGCGCAACAUCGAGAGCUCUUUGGGGGUCGGGGAAGAGGAAGAGAAGGAGAAAGAGGGUGGACGGAGGAGAGGCAAUGAUGAGGAGGAGGUCGACGAAGGCUUCGGGGCUGAUGAUGAGGCCUUUAAAGACUCGCCAAACCCGAGCGAGCAUGGCCACUCGGACGGCCAGCGGACAAGCGGAAUCCGAACAAGUGAUGACUCAUCUGAAGAAGACCCAUACGCCAAUGAUGGUGUGACACCACCACUGCCGCCAACCACCCUGCUUCACCAGCCGCUGCCUUUACCACCAGUGCCCCCCGCCUGUCACAGUGUCUCAUCCAGUGGGGACUCAGCCUACUGUCACCCCCAGGCUUCAUCUGAGGCUCAAUCUGAUGACCUGGUGGAGCUCAUACCGCCAGACGAGGAUUCAGACUACGACCAGGAUGACUACGAUGAGGGUGCCAUUGUGUCCAGUGGCAGCGUGGCCUUCUCCAACCCUCGCAGCGGCCAGUGGUCUCCUGACUACCGUGGCUCUGUAGGAACAUACAACAGCUCAGGGGCUUACCGCUUCAGCUCGGAGGGAGCGCAGUCAUCUUUUGAGGACAGCGAGGACGACUUCGACAGGUUCGACACCGAUGAUGAGCUGUCAUAUCGACGGGAUUCCGUCUACAGCUGCGUCACGCUUCCAUACUUCCACAGCUUCCUCUUCAUCAAAGGCGGCCUGAUGAACACGUGGAAGCGGCGCUGGUGCGUUCUGAAGGACGAGACCUUCCUGUGGUUUCGGGCCAAGCAGGAAGCUCUGAAGCAGGGUUGGCUGCACAAGAAGGGCGGGGGCUCAUCUACGCUUUCGCGCCGAAACUGGAAGCGUCGCUGGUUUGUGCUGCGGCAGAGCAAGCUCAUGUACUUUGAGAAUGACGGCGAAGACAAGAUGAAGGGCGUGCUGGAUAUGCAUGAUGCCAAAGAAAUCAUUGACAACACUGGUAAGGAGAAUGGAAUCGACAUUGUUAUGCCAGAGCGGACCUACCACCUGAUUGCGGAGUCUGCCGAGGAUGCCAGCCAGUGGUUCAGCGUGCUGAGUCAGGUCCAUGGCUCGACAGAACAGGAGAUCAGAGAGAUGCACGAUGAGCAGGCCAACCCCCAGAAUGCUGUGGGCACGCUGGAUGUGGGGAUGAUCGAUUCGGUUUGUGCGUCAGAUAAUCCGGAGAGGCCCAACUCCUUCGUCAUGAUCACGGCGAACCGCGUGCUGCACUGCAACGCCGACACACCCGAGGAGAUGCACCACUGGAUCACUCUACUGCAGCGCUCCAAGGGAGACACCCGCGUCGACGGGCAGGAGUUCAUCAUCCGAGGCUGGUUGCACAAAGAGAUGAAGAACAGUACCAAAACCUCACUGAAGCUGAAGAAGCGCUGGUUCCUGCUUACCCACAAUUCCCUAGACUACUAUAAGAGCUCAGAGCGUAACGCCCUGAAGCUGGGAACGCUGGUGCUGAACAGCCUCUGCUCAGUGGUUCAGCCAGACGAAAAGGUCUACAAAGAAACCGGCUACUGGAACGUGAUCGUGUACGGCCGUAAACACUCGUACCGUCUCUACUGUAAGCUGCUGAAUGAGGCCACACGUUGGGCCAACUCCAUCCAGAACGUCAUCGACACCAAAGCUCCAAUCGACACGCCGACCCAGCAGCUCAUCCAGGACAUCAAGGAGAACUGUCUGAACUCAGAGGUGGUGGAACAGAUCUACAAGAGGAACCCCAUCCUUCGCUACAGCCACCAUCCGCUGCACUCGCCACUGCUGCCGCUACCCUACGGAGACAUCCACCUCACCACUCCGAGAAACAGAAGCUACACAACGCUGCAGGAUGAAGCCCUCAAAGUGUUCAGCUCUCUGCAGCACCUGGAGGGCGUGGGCGACCCGGUGCCCAUCAUCCAGGGCAUCCUGCAGACGGGCCAGGAGCUCAAACCGCUGCGGGACGAGCUCUACUGCCAGCUGAUCAAGCAGACGACACGGCCGCCGCAGCCGGGCAGCCCCGGGAACCUCUGCAGUUGGAAGAUCUUGGCCUGCAUGUGCUGCACCUUCAUCCCAACCAGGAGCAUCCUCAGAUACCUCAAGUUCCACCUGAAGAGGACUCGAGAGCUCUUCCCUGGUUCGGAGAUGGAUCGUUACGCCGCCUUCGCCCUUGACUCCCUGAGGAAGACUCGAGCCAGGGAGAACGUCCCGUCGCAGGAGGAGAUCCGCUCCAUUGUGGCCCGGCAGGACAUGAGCACCACAGUUCAUUGCCAUGGAGGAGGCUCCUGCAAGAUCACCAUCAACUCACACACAACAGCUGGAGAGGUGGUGGAGAAGCUGAUCCGAGGCCUGGCUAUGGAGGACAGCAGGAACAUGUUUGCUCUGUUUGAACACAACGACACCACAGAGAAAGCCAUCGAGAGCCGCACUGUGGUGGCCGACGUGCUCGCCAAGUUUGAAAAGCUUUCAGCCAGCCCAGACGAACACAACACCGGCUGGAAGUUUUACUUCAAGCUCUACUGCUUCUUGGACACAGACAAUGUUCCCAAAGACAGCGUGGAGUUUGCCUUCAUGUUUGAACAGGCUCAUGAAGCAGUCAUUCGUGGUCAGUAUCCAGGCCCUGAGGAGACUCUUCAGUUCCUGGCUGCCCUCAGACUUCAGUACCUCCUGGCCGAUCACAACCCCCAGGCCAACAUCCCUGAAAUGUCCCAGGUGUUCCCCAUGGCACGGUUGCGGGCCCGGGUACAGAACUCGGCCAAGACAUUCGCUCCAGGCACCGGCUCGGUGGCAGACCGUUCUGGGACAUCAGAGAGGAAACGCUCGAGCUUCCUGGAGGGGACGCUGAGGCGGAGCUUCAGGAGCGGCUCGCUGAGUCGGCAGAAACUGGAGGAGGAGAACAGCCUGGAGGUGUGGAUGAGGGAAGAGGCGGCGGCGGUGAAAACCAGCGUGAUGGACAAGUGGAGGAAGCUGCAGGGGAUGAACCAGGAACAGGCCAUGGUCAAAUACAUGACUGUGGUGAAGGAGUGGCAGGGAUACGGAUCCACACUGUUCAAUGUAGAGUGUCGUGACGGAGCGUUCCCUACUGAGCUGUGGUUGGGCGUGAGCCGGGAAGCCAUAUCUGUGUACAAACGAGGGGAGCCGUGGCCUCUGGAGGUUUUCCCGUAUGAACAGAUUCUCUCCUUCGGAGCUCCGCUGGCCAACGCCUACAAGAUUGCCGUGGAGGGCAGAGAGAUUGUCUUUGAAACGCAAAUGGUGAUGGACAUCGCCAAGCUGAUGAAGGCCUACAUCAGCAUGAUCGUCAAGAAGCGCUACAGCAACUGUCAGUCCGUCAGCAGCCAUGGCAGUCAGUGUAGUGCCUGGUGAACUCUGCCCCCUUUAACCUUUCACCUUAAG